CCUCGCGCUCCGGAAGUGAUCCCUUGGGCCGCGAGCGCCCUCCGGCUCCUUCUCUGUGAGACGUAAGGCUGAAGUGCAGAGGCCGCGAGCGAGAUGCCGGUGGCCGUGGGUCCCUACGGACAGUCCCAGCCAAGCUGCUUCGACCGCGUGAAGAUGGGUUUUGUUAUGGGUUGCGCCGUAGGAAUGGCGGCUGGGGCGCUCUUUGGCACCUUUUCCUGUCUCAGGAUCGGAAUGCGGGGUCGAGAGCUGAUGGGUGGCAUUGGGAAAACCAUGAUGCAGAGUGGUGGUACCUUCGGCACAUUCAUGGCCAUUGGGAUGGGAAUACGAUGCUAACCAGGGCAGUGGUUGCCUGCUACAUCUACACCUUCCCAUCCAUCCCAAAUCCUGUACUAUAAUAAAAGUCUUUCUUCUCAUU